GCUAUGGUUCAUUCACCUCGGGCAGAACUGACCCCGACUUUUUCAUGCCCGUAAAUUUUCUUGCCUUGAUUUUCACUCUGUUCCCUUUCCUACUUUGUGUUGAAGAUUCAAUCAGUCAAUCGUUUCUUCCAAUCAGAAUUAAAAAAACAAACUCGAGGAAACCUUGCAGAAAUUUUUGCAUUGCUAGAAAAACAAUACUUUAGCGAGACAGCGAGCAUAUAAUUCGAAUAAGGAAACUGCUCCCAUAUAUAUAUUUCAUACAUAUAUUUCACCUGCAAAGGUUGACUAACUUUGGCGGAGGUAUAAAAUACAAUGGACCAGCAAUCGCACCGAGGAGGUCGGAAGAACUUUAAUGGCGGAGGAGGUCGUUUUCCCCACAACAACAACCAUUACAUCAACAACAAUGGUAAUAACCACCACCACCACCACACUCGAGGGGGAGGAGGAAGGGAGUUCCAUUCCACUCAACAACAGCAGCAACGAGGCAAUGGUUCCAUGGGCCCUGACCUGAACAAUAACUCUGUCUUUCUGAAUCAGGGAUGUCGUCCUACAAUUCAUAUGUGGCGAAGUUUAAUGCGGCGACAGAGCGACUUGACUAAUGACAGGAACAGGAAUUUGAAAGAUGCAAGCAGUCGAGGAGUCGAACUUGUUGGAAGGAAGAAAGCAGAGAUUUCUGUAAAAGAUGGGAACGUCGCGACUCAAGCAGACAAUGAGGAAAUGAAAGAAAAAGUCAAAGGGGACAAUAUAUCUGUGGAGCGAGGACCAAAUGCUGUCGAUGAAGAUGCGACAUCAUGUGUCACUGGAGCUGAUGGUCCCAUCAGUAAGGUGUCUGAAAGUUUUGAGAAACUCAACGUGGGGGAUAAUAAUGCAGACAGAAUUGAACUGAACAGAAUUCAACAAAAGGAGAAAAAGUUGGAUCAAGAUGUGCAAAGGUUUUUGCAAGAUAUGGAAAGACACAUGAUUGGCGUCGAAAGAAGGAUGGCAUAUGAUUCGAGAGCUAUUGAAAAUGAGUUGCUUGUACGAGAUCAGCAAAUCUUGUUACUUCAUCAAAGGAUACUCACUUUAGAGGACAAAGUUCGUAAUUCAAAUGAUGAAUUAGAAUAUUAUCGGCAUAUGGUGCAACAAUUUAUGCAUGCUGCGGCUCUCCGAGAACAAGAUUUUACGGCAGAGAAAGAAGUUCUUAUUGCAAAAGCGAAAACUGAGGCAAUGUCACAACUUGUUCGAACGGGAGGGAAUACUGGUGACGGCGUUUGGCAGGACCAGUUUGCAGAAAAUCAUCAGAUGAAUCUGAAUAAUUCCGAAUACAUGCAUCAUCCAUUGUUUUCUUCCGCCUCCUACCAUGCUUGGGUCUCGGACUCGACUUCUCCUUGUCUUCAACCAAUGCCUACAUUUUGUGGUUUUGGAAUCAUGUCAGAUUUAAGGGAUCGGUACGAAGAUGUAAAAUGUGCAGGAUACCUGCAGAGGAAUGAGAAAACCGAGUGGGUCAUGACAAUGAUUAGAAAAAUCGUCUUGCAUUAUGAAAGUCACAAUAUGAGAGUGUGUGAAGAAGCUUUACAAAAUCAAUAUAUUUCAACACUUCUCUUAUGCCCAAGUGAUAUAUCUUGCCCACAAAAGGCAUCAUCAUCACUUGCAUUUGGAUAUGGAACCACUCAGCUAGAAGCUACUGAAAAUGCUUUACAACAAGCGUACACCUUUAUAUUGGAGCAAGAAAAGAAAGAAACUGAAAAAUCAGGGGAAACUGAAUCAAUGUCGGUAUCGUUACCGAAAACAGAGGCCAUGUCAUCGUCGCGCACUAACGAUACUGAAGUGGGGUCGGCAGACAUGGAUACUUUACGACUUGAUGAAGUUGCCGAAGAAAUUAUUGCUGCAACUGAAGAUCACAACAAUAGCUCAGUGCCAGAAACGGAUAAAUUAAACUCCUCAUAAUAAUAAUCAAUGUUAAUGUGAUUUAUAGUACAGAGAUAUAAAAUAUAUCGCUUUUAUGUAUCAGCAAAAAAGAUCAAUUUAUUUAUGUAAUCCGUUUUGAAAUACAAUUAAUUUCGAGAAUGGUUCAUGCUAACGUUAGCAUUUGUUGGUUAGUGUUGAUCAUUUCUCCCAGAGCAGGUACUGCAUUAUUCAUGAAUAGAAUACUAAAAA